AUGGCAGACAUGCGCGAAAGGCUGCAAAGCGCCGUCAAGACCGCCAUGAAGAGCAAAGACACUGCAACAUCCACCACAUUACGCUCAAUUCUUUCGGAAGUAUAUGCUCGUGACAAAGGCACCGACGGCAAGGCGGCACCCUCUGUUAUACUUGAGAUCAUGCGCAAAGCCACUACACGUCGGACGGAUGCUGCUAUAGAGUUUGAGAAAGCGUCUCGACCAGACCUAGCAGAGAAGGAACGUAAAGAGGCUGCUCUCAUCUCUGACUUCUUGCCUCCUCUCCUGACUGAGGCGCAGGUCGACGAAGUGCUGAACAACAUCUUCAAGGAACACCCUCUGGGAAGUGGGGACCCAAGGAAGCAUCUCGGGCAGGUGUAUAAAAUUUUCUACUCCCAAAUCGAGAGAUUCCAGGUCGACCCUAAUCUGGUGAAAGAAAGAGCACAAGCCCUCGCCACAAAUCAGAGCUGA